AUGGUUACCAAAGAUUCCACAAUCCAUCAUUGCCCCAAGAAGUCCAAAGGUAACUGUCGCAGAGCCUAUACUCCUGGCCCAAACUCAAGACCUUAUUGCUCAGCUCACAUGACCUACUGUAAGGAAGAGGGUUGCAGAUUGUCAUAUCUUCUAGGCAAGCAGCGCUGUGAGCGUUGCGCUGCCACUGCCGAAAAAGAGCAGUUGCUAGCGAAGGAAACUGCUGAAAAGGAAGCAAAAGAUAAAGAGAACGCUGGAAGUAAUAAGAACGGCAAAGAUAAGGACAAGGAACUUAAGCCAAAGAGCGUCAAUAAAAAACUCAAGGUAUGUCAAUCAGUUCUCUAA